CCAAACUACUACUAAAUUAUAGUAAAUUCAAUAUGGCUGAAACAAUCACAUAUUUAGAUACUGAACCUAUUCGGAAUGCAUCUGAUUUAAUAAAUUCAAUGUUAUUAUCAAGAGCAUAUAUUGAUGAUAAACUUAAAUUUCUUACAAUUGAUCAUCAAGAUUUAUUAAAGAAUAAUUUAAUAAUAUCAUCAUCAUCAGAAUUUCAAGUAAGUGAAAUAAUAUAUGAGAAUGAUAGAUCAGUUAUAAAUAUAAUUCAUUCACUUUUAGUUGCAUUAGAUAGAACUAGAAAUCAACAAAAGAUUUCCAAUCAAACUAUUCUACAAAAGGAAAUGCAAAUUAAGAAAUUAACUGCUAAGAAUGAUCAAUUAGAAAAAGAAUUAAUUAAGAAUGAAAAGGAUUUAAACAAAUUAGUUCAAUUUGAACAAAAUGAUUUAAAUAAACAAAUCGAUUCUUUACAUAAAAUUAAUAAAUUACAAUCAAAUGAUUUAAUUAAAUUAAAGCAUUGGUCAGGAGGUUUACAAAAGAAAUAUAAAAUAGAAUUAAAGAAACAACAAUUGGAAAUAGAUGAAUUAAAGAAUAAACUUCUAGAUAAACGGAAUUUAUCUUCCACUAUAAAGUAUGGUAUACCGAUAAAUUCUGAUGAAUCAACUUCACAAUCAACUUCAACAACAACAACAACAACUUCAAUUUCAAUCAAUAAUAUUAAUUCAACUAUAAAUUCAAAUAUAAUAUAUAAUAAUUUACCAAUUAUUGAUAAUAUUAAACCUAUACUUAUAAAUCCCAGUGAAUCAAUAUUAAAUCAAGAAUUUAAUGAACUUUCAUCAAAUCUUACAUCUAUUAUUGAAUCAAUAGCUACAGAAAAUUAUAAAUUUACAAGAUUUAUUGAAUUAAUUAAUGAAUAUUAUAAUCAAUUCAAUAUUAGUUUGACAGAUUUUACAAGAGAUAAAUCAACUAUUUCAUUACCAAAUCCUUCUGAUAUAAUAGAUUUACAAUCUCUAGAAAACAUAGAUCAUGAUACCAUUCAAAAAUAUUUUAAUGAACUUCGAUCAUUCGAAUUGAUAUCCAAACCAAUUUUAAAUAAUAUUUAUAAAAUAUAUCAUAAUAUAUCAGGAGUAUUAUUUUUGCAUUCACAAAUUGAAGGUAAUGAAACUAGAAUUGAAAGUGAGUCUUCAAAAUUAAAGCAAAUUGAAAAAGAAUUAGAAAUCAUGACUCAGAAUUGGAAAGAUGCAUUAAAGACAGCUGAAAAUUGGAAAAAUAUUCAUCAAAAGUAUGUAGAGAACCAUUGAAAAUUAAUAGCAAAGAUUAGGU